AAAAAUAUCCUAAAUGAUAUUUUUAACGCAGCUUCUGCUAUUGAAGAGCAUGGCCAUGGCCUCCAAGCUGCUGAUGCGAGUUGGAUCAAUUCGAGAUGCUAAAAUAGCACCAAACCCUAACCCACUCCUCAAUGCCACCAGAAGACUCUUCGCUCACCAUCCAAUUUCAGCUCCUCCUCAUUCUCCUCCGUCAUCUCCGCCUGAUAAUGGCAAGACUACUCACGAUAAAUCACAACCGACAUCAUCUUUGAAGGACCUCGAGCUUGCUAAAUUCUCAGCCAUUGCUGAUUCCUGGUGGGAUUCUGAAGGGCCAUUUAAACCGUUGCAUGCGAUGAAUCCAACUAGACUUGCUUUUAUUCGCUCCACCCUUUGUCGACAUUUCAGGAAGGAUCCACAUGUGUCUAGGCCUUUUGAAGGACUAAAAAUUGUUGAUGUUGGUUGUGGUGGAGGAAUUCUUUCUGAGCCUUUAGCUCGAAUGGGAGCAACUGUAACGGGCAUUGACGCUUUGGAGAAAAAUAUCAAUAUAGCUCGCCUUCAUGCUGGAUUGGACCCAGUGACUUCAACCAUUGACUACCGUUGCACUACAGCUGAAAGUCUUGUUAAGGAGCAAAAGAUGUUUGAUGCUGUGAUUGCACUAGAGGUAAUUGAGCACGUAGCAGAUCCUGCUGAAUUCUGCAAGUCUCUGUCAGCAUUAACUCAUCCUGGUGGUGCUACUGUGAUUUCAACAAUUAACCGAUCUAUGAGAUCAUAUGCAACAGCCAUUGUUGCAGCAGAGUACCUUCUCCAUUGGAUAUGCAGCUUCCCAAAGGGACGCACCAGUGGUCAAGUUUCCUGACUCCUGAAGAGUUAGUAUUGAUCCUACAACGUGCUUUUAUCAACGUCAAAGAAAUGGCUGGAUUUGUUUACAACCCCUUGACCGGACGAUGGUCUCUAUCUGAUGAUAUCAGCGUAAAUUUUAUCGCUUUUGGUACAAAGGUGGCGAAUAGAGAUCACUAGGCAACUGUGCUUUUCCUUUUUGCACUCUGGAAGUGUAAUUUCUAGAAAUUUUGAUUAGAUUAUAGAGCAAAUUUUACAAUAAGAAAGAUUGAUUAAAAAUAUAGAUUUUGCUUCACAAGUUACAACGAAGAAUUAAUCACUUGUAUAUGCGCUGCUUAACUGUAAUUUCAGAGCAAAAAAUGUCAGAACGCGAUGCUUA